CUUUGAGGGACUUCAGAUAUAACUGUCGGGACGUAGAGAAACCCCGCUUCUCUUGUAUCACUCCUUCCAAACAUGCUGUUUCGAUAAGGCUUCGGCACUGACCAGAGCGCAAGGACGACUGCUGUAUGCUACAGAGGGUGCAGGGAACUCGGGGCAAAAAAAACUCAGGACGACGAGAUCAUCUACUUCAAAUCCCACAACCACCUUCACCAGGAAAUGAUAAUAAGCAUAAGACAAGCAUACGAUCUAUGACUUUGAUGGCCGCUACGAGUGAUUUAUACGGCGCGCUACACAAUUCUCGCCUCUGGGACGGCCUUAGCGGUCGGAGAUACAUCCCGAAUAGCGCGCUGCGUGAGAUCCUACCGAGAGACAAUGUCAUCGCUGAACUUAACAAGCACCGGAAACGACGACUGCUUCCAUUGCCUCGACAAAGUGAAAGCUCGAAGAAGCUCGCAGACAGCAUUCUGGGACGUGGAAGAAAACUGUUCGCGAUCUUGAUAAUGCUGAAUUUGUCCUGGGAGAUCAAGGAUCUGCUCGACGCUGGACUCACGGAUGAGGACCUGCCACUGUUGAAGAGCGGUAACUGCUUGACUUCAUCGGCUAAGAAGACGAAAACGUUCGAGUGGCCUGUCAAUUGGGGCCCGGAAAAGGCAGAUUACUUCGUCGACACGGCGCAGUGGUUACUUUUGGCUCCUGUCUUUUGCACAAGAGGGGCGCACAAGGACCUUGCUCAAGAAUGCCCACUGCCUUUUGUAAAGGUAAAGGAGAUCUCGGGGGGACAGAUCAGCGUUGUGUAUAAGGUUUCGAUCGAUCCGAGUCAUCAAAAAGGAUUCGAGAUCGAAGCACCUAGUCUCGAGGUUGCACUAAAGGAAUUCCGAUACCCGAACGACUUCAAAACGGAGCGGGAAAAUCUCAACGCGAUUCGUGGCUCAUGUUCGAGCAAUCAUAUCACCCAGAGCCUUGAGACAUUCUCCCAGGGUAACAAAAGGUACAUCAUCUUUCCUUGGGCUGAAGGGGGAGACCUUGACAACUUCUGGAAGGAGAAGAAUCGCGAACAUCGAUCCCCUCAGCUAGCCGAUUGGUGUCUGCGGCAGAUGCUUGGUCUUGCGGAGGCACUUGAUUUUCUCCAUAACCAAAUUGGAAAUCAGGCUAAUUUCCGCCACGGCGACUUGAAACCUGGCAAUAUCCUGCAUUUUCCUGCCAAAGAAGACCCGUACGGUGUCCUGAAGAUUGCCGACUUUGGGAUUUCUCGCGUCCACAAUGUUGCAACCUUGCAGAGGAAGGGAGUAGAGACAACGACCCGAGCAACAACUCCUUCCUAUGAGGCCCCGGAGGCCUUAUCAAGAGGCAUACCACGCUCACGCAAGUACGAUAUUUGGUCUCUGGGGUGCAUAUACCUAGAGUUCACUAUUUGGUUCAUGCGCGAUUGGCGUGCUGUUGAGAAUUUUAGUCUUGCACGGAAGUCUACAGCAGUAGGCGACGACGAGUUGGCUCUCUUUUACUACAAAAAGGACAGCACGGCCGAGGACAGCAUCGAAGUCCACCCUGCAGUGGCCGAUAAUAUCACGAGUCUCAGACAGGUGGCCGAGGGCGCGGAGGGUACAACAUUUGGGGAUUUGCUCGAUACCAUUGAGUUCAAGUUGCUCAGAGUCAAGGUAGAGGACCGAAUUGACGCAAAGAAGCUAUGUGAACUACUGUCAGCGGUUCUACAGCGAGCACACGGAGACCAGGGCUGACUCACUGAGGGACCCGAGACAUGAUACUGCCUUUCUCUUACCUGAAAUUUCUUAUAUCUCGCAAUUCGCACUGAAUUGAUAUUCAAAUCACCCCAUUCACACUUCCUCGCGAUUUAGUUUCCCUACAUCGGUUCUUGGAGCAGGGCUUGAUGCUGCUGAGGUUCAUGGUCUUGUGUUUGCCACACCCUUUCAGUAUUUAAAUGUAACUAUCAUGACUGUAUGACCCCCUGAUUAAUUCAACCUAUUGUUUGACUAUAAGUAAGGCAACUCAAAAUCGUGUUGGAUUAUGAUUAGAAAAAAUGACAAUCAUGGAAGUAG